AUCCACUAAACGACCUAAUUCUAGGUAUUUUGCCCGCUUCGGUUACUGCAGACACUGAGGUGAGCACCUGAUACCGAUGAGCCCUGGUCUGACCCGGCUCCCCCCGCAGCGGUGGUCUGGUCGGGGCUGGUUAUAAGGUAACCCUCGCUCGUGCUCGCGAGUAUGUUGGGGUGGUGAAGAGAUGGCUUUGGUGCUGUGGUGCCUGGCGCUGAUCCACUGCGGGAUCGCAGGACAGAAUGCGACUGAGGAGCAAACCCAGAUAGCUCGCGGAAAACUAAUCGCUCCAAGUUUGGUCGGAUGACCGAUCAAGAAGCAGCCGGAGCUGUACCAAUUCCUAAUGGAACGCCUGGCGCUAUACCACAACAUGGAGUAUGAGUCCCGGGAAGACGAGGAGCCACGGUUUGUUUUCUACAAUGUGGAGCAGGAGGUGGUGAAGGAAGAGCUGGUGCAGGGAAUGAAGUUGGAAGAGAUGUCUGCUCUGCUCGAGUCGCUGGGAUUCUACAGGAAAUCAGCCAAGGGCGAGGAGGUUCCUGAAGAAUUCCGGCAUUUCCCACUCCGAGCUGCUCGGGAUGAGCUGUAGCCACGGUCACCUACGGACAGAGAAUGGCUGGCAGGAAA